AUGACGCAGCAGGAAAGAUGCAACAGUCAGACAUUUGGAGGAUGUUUUCAAAAUCUUCUUGAGCAGAUUGAGAACAUUACAGCUCAAGAGCUUCCUUUGGAAACUGUGCAAAACAUUUUGAAUAUGGCCUUCAACACUUCGGAGAAGAUUUUAGAGUCAUCAUCAUCAUCAGUAAAUGCAGCUGAUCUAGCCUCUUAUGGAAACCGUCUGUUAAAAGCCAGCGAGAAACUCAUUUCUACAUUGGUGAAGCCGGUGGACACAAGUGACAGUGUCAGUUUUACUCUUGCUGCUGUUGAGGGUCAAGUCUUCAUGGUUGGACCACAGGUCACCUUAGAUAAAAUCCCUCGACUCGACACGACAAAUUCUUCUGUGGACAUCGAUCUCAUUGGGAUGACCAGGAACAACAAUGAAAAAUCAGCUGCUGUGGCUUUCAUGAGUUACAACAUGAUGGAGAAUCUACUGAAGCCAGACUUCUUCAAAACAUCAAAUGACACGAUUAAAACCAUGAUGUCCACUGUGAUCUCAGCUACUCUUCCCAAAACCACCAACACUAAACUAACUAAACCAGUCAACUUCACCCUCAAACACAUCAGAGAGUUUGAUCCCAACGAUUCUCUGUCCUGUGUGUACUGGAAUAUCAGCGAGUGGAUUGUAGAUGGUUGUUCUGUUUUAAAGACCAACAGCAGCUACACUGUGUGUUCCUGUGAUCAUCUGUCCACAUUCGCUCUCAUCAUGCAAACCAGCCGCCCACCAAAGAGCGACUCACUGAUGGAGCUGUUGAAUUUGGUGUGUGUGAUCGUGGGGCUGGUGUUCUUCAGUUUGGCCCUGUUGACCUUUGCCCUUUGUCAGUGGAGUCCUGGAGUGAAUAAUGUGGCUCGAAUCAACAUCUGCAUCAGUCUUCUGUUGGCUCACCUUCUGUUUCUGCUCACACAGUGGUUCCUGAGCCUCAUACGGCCUCUGCAGGUGAGAAUGAUGAAGGAGCCCUACAGCUCAGCACAGCCUCACUGA